AUGGUCGAACGUGUUAUCAAGGCUGGACAGCACGACUGGAUCUGGUAUAUGGACUUUGACACUCUUAUCACAAACACCAGUAUAAGUUUGACGGAUCUCAUUAAUGAGAAUCUGGCUAAGGCCACAGAGCCGGACACGAUAGAUUUCCUUGUAACGGACGAUUGCAAUGGACUCAACGACGGUUCAUUUAUUGUGCGGUCAUCAUCGCGCUCUAUACAAUUUCUUGACGCAAUCCGCGCUCUUCACGACAGAGACAAGGAACAGAGUGGAAGAUCAUUGAGCGACCAAGACUCAAUGGACGAAUUUCUCAAAAGCGACGCUCCCCUUACCCAGCAUGCAAUGCGUAUUCCUCAGUGGACAAUUAAUGCCUUUCCCGAAGAAAUUGGCUGCUACGAUACGCAAAAGAAGAAAUGGGAGAAAGGCAUGUUUGUAAUUCAUUUCGCAGGCGCAUGGGCUCAUGUAUCUGGGGAAGAUCCCACUGGUCAGCUGAUGAGGAAAUAUGAACCUGAAAUAAUUUGA